UAGCGCUCGUCGACGGCUCCGCACCCUCAUCCUCAUCCCUCUCCCUCCAGAUCCACCCUCAUUCGCUCUAGUAACAAUUGUACCCCAAAAUACCUUUCUCUUCCCUCCUCUCUCACCGUAGCUGCUCUCUCUCCUCGCCCCGCUCCGUCAUCCCCUCCCGUCCCUCCCGUCUAGGGUUCGAUCGCCCACCUCGCCGGCCAGCAAUGGCGACAAAGUACAUCAUCGGCGCCCUGGUCGGAUCCUUUGGCAUUGCGUACGUCUGCGACACGACCGUUUCUGACAAGAAGAUCUUUGGAGGCACUGUUUGCAAGACCGCGACCGACAAGGAGUGGUUUCAGGCCACGGAUGCCAAGUUCCAGGCCUGGCCUCGCACCGCUGGGCCGCCGGUCAUCAUGAACCCCAUCAGCCGCCAGAACUUCAUCGUCAAGAACCCUUGAAUAGGUGGCACGAGCGGCAUCUCGCUCCCACCAUGGGAUCCCAAGUUUCUUUUCUAGGGUUUUGAAGUUCCUAAUAAUAGGGACUUGAAGUUGGGGUAUCCUCUCUUGUUUCACGAAUUUCAGUUUCCGUGAGCAACUUUGAGGUGUUUUACCGCUUGCUCGCUCGCCUUUCGAUGAGCUCUCUUCCUCGGUGAAAUUAUACACAUCCACCAGGCAGUAAAAUAACUGCAUUGUUGUUUCCGCACUGUGUUUCAUGUAGUGCUGUGUUUCUUUCUGAUC